AACAGUCGCUCCGUGAUUGGUUAGGUAAAACCCAUUUAUUCCAUGACAGCCUCCGUCACAUGAAUGGUUGUCUAUUAACUUGUUCAAAAAGUAUCUGGAGUUGUCAAGGCUCCUACGAAGAGGGAGAACUAGCCCGUUGAUUCUUAGAGACCCAGAGAUAAGUUCCUGGAGCAAUAGAGGACCCACCUGCUGAAGAGAAAAAGUUUUGAAAGCAAGGAAAUAACGACGAACGGCCUCUGGCUUGGAGUUUUGUUCUCUUUGGUGAAGCAAGUGACAAACAACCAGUCGAAAUGUAUAGCAUGAUGGAAACCGAACUGAAACCUCCCGCACAGACAACUUCUGUGGUCACGGGGAAUUCUAAUACUUCUGGAAACAACCAGAAAAACAGUCCGGAUCGAGUCAAGAGACCGAUGAACGCGUUCAUGGUUUGGUCGAGAGGGCAACGUAGAAAAAUGGCACAAGAGAACCCAAAAAUGCACAAUUCCGAAAUUAGCAAACGACUCGGGGCAGAAUGGAAACUUCUGUCCGAAAGCGAGAAACGACCUUUCAUCGACGAAGCGAAGCGUCUCCGCGCUCUUCACAUGAAGGAACAUCCGGAUUACAAAUACAGACCCCGGCGAAAAACCAAAACGCUGAUGAAAAAGGACAAGUACACCCUGCCAGGUGGGCUUCUUGCGCCGGGCAGUAAUGCUCUGGGCGCCGGGGUGGGGGCUGGUUUGGGUGCGGGAGUAAAUCAGAGAAUGGACAGUUAUGCACACAUGAAUGGUUGGACCAACGGAGGCUAUGGUAUGAUGCAGGAACAGCUCGGCUACUCGCAACACCCUGGUUUAAAUGCUCACAACACGGCACAGAUGCAGAGCAUGCACCGCUACGACAUGAGCGCUCUUCAGUACACUUCUAUGACUAAUUCCCAGACCUACAUGAAUGGAUCCCCCACAUACAGCAUGUCAUACUCUCAGCAAAACACUCCAGGUAUGACUCUUGGUUCUAUGAGUUCGGUGGUAAAAUCGGAAUCCAGUUCAAGUCCACCCGUAGUCACUUCCUCGGUUCAUUCAAGGGCUGCCCCUUGUCAGACCGGAGACCUUCGGGAUAUGAUAAGCAUGUACCUACCGGGAGCUGAAGUCCCGGAACAAACAGCCCAAAGCAGACUUCACAUGUCUCAGCAUUACCAGACCGCACCGGUACCUGGUACAACCAUUAAUGGCACAUUGCCUUUAUCACAUUUGUAAAAUAUGUUUCUUCACAGAAACUGGACUAUUUUUGUACAGAACAUUUUUGCGGGACAAGGGAAAAGUUUAUGGAACUGAAGGAAAAACCUCAAACUUUCUUUUUCUUAAAGCAAGGUUUAAAUGAACGGAAGAAUUUUUUUCUUUCUUGUUUUCAAAGGGAUACCAUAUUUUGGAAAUGGAGAAAUCUCCACUUGUCAGUUGUUUUAUUAUCUAGUAACUUUUGUACAGUAUUUAUCGAAACACUUAUCAAUCAACAUGAUUGUGCAUUAUGAAAAUUGUCACAUUUUCCAAACAAUAUUUCUACAGAAGAGAUGCAAUGAAGUGGCAUUUAGUGAAAAUUAUAAAGAAUUUCUAACAAUGCACAGCGGAGAAAGGGAAAAGAGAUAUAAACCGAUUAAAGGUUUGUCCUUGAAGGUACAUAUAGUGUACUAAACUGUUUUUAGUUUUGUAAGAAAAGUAACGAAUAAUACAAAAGUAAACAUAAUGUUUAAUUUAUAUAUUCGUUUUCCCCUUUCCUCUGUUAAAAACGCGAAUUUUGUGUUUAUAUUUUGUUGUUUGUAAUAUUUCUGUAGAUAAAUUGUGACAUUUAGUUUUUAUUUUCAUUUCCGUAGUUGUAUUUUCAAAUUUGGCUCUAUUGCCAACACUCCAUGUACAUAAUAAUUAUUUGAACUAAUAACAUCCUUAUAAUAACAGUCACAAUUUCAGUUUUUUUUUUUUUUUUUACAAUAUACAGAGUUUGAAAUAAAUAAAUAUUUGAAAUGUGUACACAUGUAUGUAUAUUGUUUGAGUUUUGAUUGCUUUCGCCAUUCCAAUAGGCUACCUGUAUUAUUAUUAUUGCCAAGUCAUUGACAGUGGAUAUGCAUUAUUUGCUACUACCAUACAAUUGGUCCAUAUAACAUAUUCUAAAUUCUAAUAUGAAUAAAAAUAAUGCUUUUGUAAAAUGACUAGGAAUUUUAAA